AUGGUGUACCCCAACGUUUGUUCGCUACAUGAGACGGUGAACAUCGAGGCGCUGCUCAAGUAUUCCGCUCACAGGACGGACCGGAGACAGGCAGUUUUGGAUGCGUAUGUACUUCGACAUUGCGAACAAGGCGUGCGUGAAGGGGCUCUCUCGACAAUUUGUGUGAACUAUUACAAGAAGCCUCACUACGGUCGCCUUAUGGCAAAAGGUCCUGCAGGCCAGAAGCUCACGCGGGAGGCCCUUGCGGUUGCCUUUGGUUCGCACUGCGCAGAGCUUGAUGCUCCGUGCUGUCAUCCUCGUCUCCUGCAACGGCAGCUCCAGCAGCUUGACAUAUGGGAUCCAGUCAAGUUCAUCAUGCUCGACAAGUUCAUAGUUCACUACAAAGAGUGGCGCCUGUGCUUGGCUGAGUACAUGAACAACAGCUUGGACGAAGCCAAAGUGGAGCUCACCCGCAUCUUCUACGGAGGCAAGCCAUCCGUCGAAGCGCCGUUCCUCUUGAAGCUAUGCGACGAGGUCCAGUGCGCUGCCCAGAUGAUCCUGCGCCACCCAAGUGCUCUGGAGUGGAGCGACCUUUACAAUGAUCGCAGGAAUCCAGAAUUCAGCAGACUUUCUGCAAUUCUGUCAGUUGAGGAAGCCAAGAUGCUAGCCGCCAUCUACGAGGACAUUCCUGAGCUUUUCCAAGUGUUCAUCUUUGAUGGCGGCUAUGUCAAUGACCGACAUCUGGCAGACCAG